UAGAGCGUGGUCAUUGAUUCCAGAGUGAGCAGUCUCCUCUCCUUUCCGCUCUGUUAGGGUUGCAGAGAGACACUGGGAAGGAGAGAUUAGAAUAGGAGAGUCUCCGCUGAUUCUGUUUGUUUGAAGGCAUUCCCCCCCUCUCUCUCUCUCUCUCUCUCUCUCUCUCUCUCUCUCUCUCUCUCUCUCUUUCUUUCUUUGUUGUCUCUCUCUCUUUUCUCUCUGUCUCUGUCUCUCUCUCUCUCUCUCUCUCUCUCUCUCUCUCUGUCUCCCUGUCUCCCUCAGUCUGGUACCCUGUUCAAGAGUGAAUACCACAGACUAAGACAUAGGACCAUGACUGGGGAACUGAGGCCAAGUCGCCCAAAGGCAGGAACCAAGAGAGCCAGCAGUGAGGCCUUCGGAUCUGACUAUGACCUGGAGUAUGACAGCUAUCCAGAUUACCUCUACAACAGGGUGUUUGACUACCAGCGUGUCCCAGCCUCCAUGAUGCCAGCCCCAGUGGAGCCCAGCCCUAUAAAACACUCCCGUGGCCCCUCUUCCUCCUCCGGCCUGCACCGCUCCAGAGACAGACCACAGGGCAAGAGGAGUGCCCAGCGCACCGGCUCUUCCAGCAACAGGGCUAAGUUGAAGAUGGCAGAGCUGUUGGCCAUAAAGAGGGAGUUGACUCUGAUCAAGGUGCAGAUUGAUGGACUGCUGGACAGUGUGGAAAAGAUGGACAGACGAAGAAAAGACCACUCAGAUUCACCUCUGACCGGGGAGGGCAGUGUGUCGGACUCAGUGAGCAGUCUGGACGACUCCCCUGUCAGCCUUCACCACAGACAGAGAGCGAGCCCAGAGCCUGGAGAGGCCAACAAUGAUUACCACCAGCACCACCACAGGAUAAAUAACCAUCAUUCUGAUCUGGAAGAUAGCAUGUGAGGAGAUCUGGUAUACAUGGCUAAUAAAGACUCAAUGAACCCAAUGACAGCAGCACAGCGACAUGGAGAGGGAUUCAAGUGAAGGGAGGAAUGAUCAUCUCUGAUCACAGUCAACAUGGACAGAACCCUCAAAUACACUGUACCUUACAAAGUUAGAUCUUCAUGAAUCUUUUCUUUUGAUGAGUAAGAAAAAGUUCCCUGGUUACUCUCAGUUCCUUUCCCACAGUCAGCUUCUGUCCACCUUCUUGUCUCCAGCUCCCCUUUGCAACAGGUUCCUACAGACUUAUGGACUCAACAAAAUAUGGCAGCUUUUUAACAAAUGUGUAGUCUCUUGAAGAAGGGGACUGACAACUUAUAUGCUCCACACAGACAGACACACUCACGUUUAUACAACUACAGUUGAAGUCGGAAGUUUACAUACACUUAGGUUGGAGUCAUUAAAACUCAUUUUUUAACCACUUCACAAAUGUCUUGUCAACAAACUAUAGUU